UUUUGACUUUUGACAGAUCUACAUAUACCAAAAUUUUCAGAGAUUUGUCACUCUAUCUUGUAUUCAAAUGUAUAUCCGUUGGUAUAAUUAAUAAAAUAUCAUUGAGCGAUUCACAUAACAGAGAGCCAAUAAAACAGCUCGUCGGUAGAAGAAAUUUCAGUAAGUGGCCAAAGUGUCGGGAACAAAUCGAAUUAUUAUUGUGUUCGUUUGGUAUAGGACAAGAUAUACAGAAGACUAGUAUUGUAUUAGACACGAAAUUAUUGUAUUUUUAAAUCACAAUGAAAGACUUUUCAGAAUUCAUUUUUGUAAUUAAUACCUAAACAAAUACAUGCAAAUGAACAGAGAGAUCAUCUCAUAAUAACACAAGUUCAAGAACAACCGUCACCACCGGCGACAAAGAAAUGGCGGGAGAAACGCUGCUUAAACCGGUUCUUCAAAAACCACCAGGCUACCGUGAGCUCCACUCCCAACCGCAAACUCCACUCGGAUCAUCAUCGUCAACAUCAUCAUCAACAGCGCUUCGACGCCGGCCAAAACAUACGAUUCCGGCGUCGUUUUAUCCGACGAAGAAGAAGCAAUGGAGUCGUUGCCGCGUCUUUUGCUGUUGCGUCUGCAUCACCGUCGCCAUUGUCAUCCUCCUGCUUACCCUCGCUGUCUCCGUCUUCUUCCUUUGGUACAGCCCGAGACUUCCCGUCGUACGUCUCGCCUCCUUCCGCGUAAGCACUUUCAACUUUUCCGGUGGAAAAUCCAACGACGGUUUGUCGCAGUUGACGGCGGAUGCCACGGCGAGGCUUGAUUUUAGAAACCCUAACGGAAAGCUACGGUACCAUUACGGCGACUCCGACGUGGAGGUGAGUGUAGGAGACGGUGAUUUUGAAACGAGCCUCGGGUCAACGAGAGUCAAAGGGUUUAUGGAGAAGCCGAGGAACCGGACGGUUGUGAUCGUUCCGAUCAAAGUGAAGAGACAACAGGUGGAUGAUCCGACGGUUAAGAGGCUUAGAGCGGAGAUGAAGAGUAAGAAGUUGGUGGUGAGAGUAACGGCUAAGACGAAGCUGGGAUUGGCUGUGGGAAGGCGUAAGAUUGUUACGGUGAGGGUUAGUAUCAGUUGCGGUGGCGUUAGACUACGGGAGCUUGAUUCAAAGAUGAGUAAAUGCACCAUCAAAAUGCUUAAAUGGAUUAAAUUGCACUCGUAAGUCAUAACGACGAGUAAUGAUGAUUGAUGGGAUUCAUUACGUUAAAGAUGUGGCCAAAGCUUUACGAAAGAGGUCACUUUUGUUAUUUUUAACGUUUCUUGUAUUCACUUUUCAGUUCCAUAUUUACGAUCUAUAGGAAAGAAUUACUACUAAUCAGACAUGAGUGAUAAGAGUUAAUUAUUAUUCUUCAUAUAUUUGUUUUCGUGUAAUGGAAAUAGAGAGAUACUGUAUUAUGAAAAGAUAGUUCUUUGAAUGUUUGAAAAAUUCGCACACACAAAUCACAAACAAGCCCCCAUGAAUUUUAUUUUGACACGGAUACCAAUUCAUAAAACAAGUACAUAAUCACGGAAUUAUUCAACUGAAUAGCAAAGUUACCAAUAAGAGUUGUAACAAUAACUGAAUGCGAAAAGACUAGCCCAAACAUGUAGUA